UUCGCUUCAUUCAUUCAUUCGUUCCAAGGUUCCGAGGCUUUCGAGGUUUCUGGCUCCUGGGUGUGUCUUCACUCUUCGCCGCUCGAGCCCCACGAGAAGGAGAGGUCGCAGAGAGAGAAAGAGAGGGAGAGAAGGUGAAUGAAGGCCGAGUUGAACUUACCAGCGGGGUUCAGGUUCCACCCCACGGACGACGAGCUGGUGAACCACUACUUGAUCCGGAAAUGCGCUUCUCAGGCCAUCGGCGUCCCAAUCAUUGCCGAGGUUGAUCUCUACAAGUUCGAUCCAUGGCAGCUUCCAGACAUGGCUUCGUAUGGUGAAAAAGAGUGGUACUUCUUUUCUCCGAGGGAUCGGAAAUAUCCUAACGGUUCACGGCCGAACAGGGCUGCCGGUACCGGGUACUGGAAAGCUACCGGAGCCGACAAGCCAAUUGGACGGCCCAAGCCGCUCGGCAUCAAAAAGGCAUUGGUGUUUUAUGCUGGAAAAGCUCCUAAGGGAGUGAAAACCAAUUGGAUCAUGCAUGAGUACCGAUUGGCAAAUGUUGACCGAUCAGCCAGCAAGAAGAGCAAGAACUUGAGGCUUGACGAUUGGGUCUUAUGUCGAAUAUACAACAAGAAAGGUCAGAUAGAGAAGCAUUACCUGUCGGACCAAAAGCCUGUCCUGUUCGCGGAAUCGGAAGAUAAGAAGCCAGAGCCGUGGAUGCUCAACCAGAGUUCAUACUCACCGCCGCUGUCACAACUCGUGCAGUCAUCAAUGACCAACGAUCUUCUACACAUGGACACCUCGGAUUCGGUUCCGAGGUUGCACACAGAGUCGAGCUGCUCAGAGCAUGCAGUAUCACCUGAUUUCACGUGCGAGAAGGAGGUCCAGAGCGAUCCUAAAUGGAAUGAGCUCGAGUGGGCGUCCGAGUUCAUCGAUGAUUGCUUCUUAGACGAACCCUUUGCAGCUCAAGUGCAGUAUCAGCCAGUCCAGGUCUCGCCAUGGCAGGACUUUUACAUGAAACCAUUCUGAUCCCACAAAAAAAAAAAAAAGGAAAAAGGAAGGCCAGAAACAUUAGAUUCUUGGAUGCAUCUCGCCCCAUUCUUGUUAGGUUAGUAUUAGAUUCUUGUUAGGUUAGCAGUAGAAACUUAUUAUAAAAUUGCAGUCUUCAAAUUCAAUGGGUUGGGUUGGCUAUGAUGGGUGUGCUGGACUUUGACAAAAGAUGGUAACUAUUCAAGAGGUGCGGAUGGGUUUUGUUGCAGUGGCCUUGAUUCGUUGAACUUUGCUCAAUCCUGUGGCGGAUGUUCCGUCGGGUUUUUGGCUCGUCGUGGGGGCCUAGGAUCAUGUUUAAUCGUGUUCAUGUAGAGAACAUUCUUCUAUAUGUCCUAGGAUUGUAUUAAAUUCUUUCACAUAUCUCCUACUUUGGAUUUAGUUCCAGUUCAUUAUAGCUGUCAGAAUCAGAAUGGUAUAAAGACUGUUCAUUUGUUAA